AUGUCUUCACCACCCACUAAUGGAGCUGACAUUGACAUCACUAAUCUCAGGGGUGACGAGGUGACCAGUGUCAAUUGGAAUAUUGCUACUCUCACAGCAACCAUCAUCGACUCCACAGGAACCUCGACGCCUGCCACCAUCACCAACCGUGGCACCACCUCGAUCAAGGUAACCGUCCCACCCGGUUACAAGAGAUUCACGAUGGCCCUCGAUGAUACCAAAGGAAAGAAGUAUUCGCAAUACGUCCACUACCAAUUGCCAUACGUCAGCACCUUGUACGCCCGUGGCUACACUGUUGGCUCAGCUGUGACACUCACAGGAGGCAACUUUGGUACUACACCCGUUGACCUCUCCAUCACCAUUGCCGGCGCCACCUGUACUGGAUACACAGUGGUUGAGUCCUACACCACUGUUGCUUGCAACCUCGCCGUCGCCACAACAUCCACACUCUCACUCCUCCCCAUAACCAUCGGUUACGGUGCCAACAAUUAUGUUGCUUCCUAUCGCAACAACGUCCCUUUCUAUGACUUCAACACAUUGACUGUGAUCCGUGCUUGCGUUGAUUGUUUGGGAACUAUCAACGAUGUAUAUAAUUGGAUGGAUCAAUCUCCAGCAAUUGACAAUAAUGUAGCAUACAUGGCUGCCGUUAUCAACUCGGCCCAGUCCAAUGCCAUCGUCAGCAACUACAACAUUGGCACCAAGAAGCUAUGUGAGGGUUUGACAUCUGGCUUUAGCGAUAUCACCUACCUCGCCACAGGAGGUCCCUAUGACGAUGUCGUCGCCUACUCGCCCAUCAGCACAUGUUUGCCUGCAGCAGUCUACUGUCCCGGUGACAAGAUGUCCGGAAGCACAGCCCUGGUCGCCUUUGGACAGGAGCUCGGUGUUGGUAAACAGUACUCAAUCACUGACGGCAAUGCAUUGCUCGGAGAGUUUAUUUAUUUCGGAGGCUUCAAACCCACCCAAGCCGCAGCUGUUACCAUCAAGCUUGACACAGUGGGAGGAACCGUCGCCUUUACCGCAGGAGGAUCGGUUGGUUUCAAGUUCACCCAACGUUCGUUCGUGUUCAACAGCGUGACCUACACCUACCCCAACGUGUACCAGACCAGCAUGACCGGACUCUCCCUCCUGAUCCCCGAGGGCACUGGCACCAACAACCUCGUUACCGUCAACAUUGAGUCCUACUCACUCACCAAUCUCAAGAUAUCCUACAACCCACCAACGAUCACCAAGAUCUUGCCGGCCCUCACCUCAAUCCCAGGUAAGGUCACCCUCACUGGCACCAACUAUGGUUCUUCGGCUGGUAGCAUCACCGCCAAGAUCACUCUCGGCGCCAGCACUACCAACACUGUCACCUGCCGUAUUGUCACAGCACACUAUACCCUCGAGUGUGACUUACCAGGUGGUUUCGGCACUCAGACCUUCACUUUGACUGUCGGUGGCCAGUCUGCCACGUACUCCUACACCUACCUAGCACCAGUGAUCACUCAACCAACCAACAACGCAGACAUCUUGGUUAUCACAGGAACAGGCCUUGGAGUGCUCCCCACCGACACGAUCGUUUCCAUCCCAACCGUCUCUGGCACUGCCACGCUCACCACCGUGUCCGACCCACAGACCUACACCGCCAAGAUCGUGACCACAACCAAGAACGGUCCAAUCUCCGUCACAGUCGGUGGCCAAACCAGUAACACUAUGUACAUGACAUACAAGCCCGCAGUCACUGGCGUCUCUGGUGUCUCCACCGGUGCCCCCUCGAGCAUUGUGAUCUCUGGAAGCUUCCUCUCGCUCACCCGCUCAAACACAACAAACUGUGUUGUGUCCAUCUUGAUCGACACGAUUCCAUGCACCAGCCCAUCAAACCCAGACGCCUCCUCGAUCAAAUGUACCGCCCCAGCCCUCACCGGAUCGCACACACUCGUCUUGACCAUCGAUGGAAAGGCAUCUGAUCCAUUCACCAUUGCCGCCCCAUUGCCAACUAUUGCCAGUAUCCAGCAGACCAGUCCAACGAUGGUCAUCACUGGAACAAACUUUGGUACCGUUGCCGCCAACGUGGUGAUCACACUCGGCACAUUGACCAUCAUUCCAACUAUAGUUUCCGACCUCAAGAUCACAGCCACACUCCCAGCCACUGCCACCAACGGCGCUUUGACAGUCACAGUCGGUGGCCAAGUCAGCAACGUAUUGUUCAUGACCAUCAAGCCAAUCGUGAAUGGUCUGUCUGGUGUCGCAACUGGUGCCCCCUCAAACAUUAUCAUCUCGGGCAGCUUCCUCUCGAUCAUCAGAUCCAACUCAUCCAACUGUGUUGUCUCGAUCAUGAUCGACUCGACACCAUGCACCAACCCAUCGAACCCCGAUGCCACCUCGCUCCAGUGUACUGCCCCUGCUCUCAUCGGCGCACACUCACUCGUUGUGACCAUCGAUGGCAAGGCCUCAGAUGGCUUCACCUUUGGCGCCCCUCUGCCCACAGUUGCCAGUGUCCAACAGACUGGAGCUACCAUCGUCAUAACAGGCACAAACUAUGGUACUGCUUCAGCCUAUGCGUCCAUCUCUUUCGGCACAUUGACGAUCAUACCAUCAUCUGUAACUGAUACCAAGAUCACAGCAACUCUCCCUGCCGCCUCCACCAAUGGCCCAUUGUCCGUCACAGUCGCUGCCCAAGUUAGUAACUCUGUGUUCGUGACCAUCAAGCCCAUCGUCCUUGGUGUGUCUGGCGUCUCAACUGGCGCUUCCUCAAGCAUUUUGAUCUCGGGCAGCUAUCUCUCGAUCAUCAGAUCCAACUCAUCAAGUUGUGUUGUCUCGAUCAUGAUCGACUCGACACCAUGCACCAGCCCAUCCAACCCUGACGCCCUCUCGCUCAGAUGUACCGCCCCUGCCCUCACCGGCUCACACUCUCUGGUUGUGACAAUCGAUGGAAAGGCCUCUGAUGCCUUCACCUUUGCUGCCCCAACACCAACAGUUGUCAGUGUUGGACAGACUGUCGAUACAAUUUCAAUCUCAGGAACAAACUAUGGUACCGUCGCAGGCAACGUAGUCAUCACACUCGGCUCAAUGACUAUCACGCCAUCCUCUGUCACCGACACCAAAAUCACGGCCACACUCCCAGCCACCGCCACCAACGGCCCAUUGAAGGUCACCGUCUCUGGUACCCCAUCAAAUUCGAUUACUAUGUCCAUUACACCAAUCUUUGUCUCGGCCAACGCCGUCCCCACGGACGGAGGUGCCCUCGUGAUCACCGGAAAGUUCUUGAACAGUGUCGACUCGGCCAACAACCCACUCACGCAAACCGUCACCGUCGGUGCCAGCAACACGCCAUGUACCGGUGCAGCCAUCACUCAAGGCAACACCCAACUGACCUGUACCGCACCCGCUGGCGUUGGAAUGAACACUGCCAUCACCAUCACAAUUGGCCCCAAGUCCACGACAGGCACAUUCAACUACCUCGCACCAUCCAUUACAAACGUUGUCCAAAGCACAACUACCGCUCAGAUCACUGUGACUGGAACCAACUUUGGUCAACAGGCCACCUCCAUUGGUGUCUUCAUCAAUGGAGCGACCGUCCAGGCAUCAGCCUUCACCGUCACAUACACCCAGAUCGUUGCCACAAUCCCAACGUCAUCCAAGAGUGAUGAUGUAUACGUCAUUGUUGGUGGUCAGUCGUCCAACACGCAGUUCCUUGGUCUCACACCAAUCUUGUCGACCGUUGGCCAGCCACCCGCCAUUGGAGGCAUGAUCUCCAUCGUUGGCAUCUUCAUGCAAUCGACUGACUUCUUCAAGAAUACCUUUGUGCCAUCAGUCACCAUCGACACCAACAUCGCAUGCACCAGCGCAGCUUUCACCGGCUCAUCUGGCACCAUCGUCACUUGUCUGGCACCUGCUGGCACUGGUGUUGGCCAUACUGCCGUCGUCUCAAUCAACUCAAAGGCCUCCAACCCAGCUACCUUUGCCUACCAAGCACCAUCAAUCAUUUCUGUCAACCAGAAUCUGAAGGCUAUCACCGUCACUGGUGUCAACUUUGGAACUGAUGCCAGCAAGGUCUCUGUGGUCUUUGGAACCUCGGGCUCGAACUUCCCAACAUCAAUCACCGACAACCAAAUCGUUGUCAAUAUUCCCAAGGACGCUCUCAAUGGUGGUGUCAACGUUGUCGUCGACACCCAGCCCUCAGCCACCACCAUCCCAUUCGACUUGACACCAAUCAUCAACACUGUCAGCUCAGUACCAAUCACUGGAGGCGAGAUCACCAUCACCGGAUACUUCCUCACCACUGCCCGCCAGAACACAGACCCAACCACCAAGUCGGUGACCUUGUUGCCAAGCACUCCAUGCACCAAUGUGAACAAGAUUGUUGAUGACAACAACCAGGCUCGCUUUACAUGUACCCUCCCAUCCGGUACGGGCGCCCCCACACUCAGAGUGACCAUCGACAGCAAGUCCACCGACACCACCGUGUUUGCCUAUGGCCAGCCCACAAUCGACUCUGUCGUGGUUGAUGCCACCAACUUGAUCACAGUCACUGGCACCAACUUGAUAGCCGCAGGAGUCACCACAUCCAUCAAGUACGGAGCAACCAAAAUCAUGUCAUACUCAGUCUCCUCGGACAGUACCACAAUCUCAUUCCAAGCACCUGCCCAUGCCCUGGCCGACUUUGUGUACAUAACAAUUGGCUCCACCACAUUGAAGUACCUCACACCCUUGUACCCAAUCCUCGACUCUGUCACACCCUCGCAAACCAUUGGUUCCCAGGUAACCUUGACAGGAACAUACUUGAACUCAUUCAAUGCCGACUCAACCCAGACCACGAUGACCGUCACCAUCAAUGGAGUGUCAUGCGCUAUCACCGCUGAUACCUUGACCACCACCAAUUACCUCCCACCUUCAAUGAGUGGAUUGAUCGAGCAGAAUGGUCAGACAAUCACUGUGAAUGGUGAUAACUUUGGUGCAUCCACUGAUGAUGUUACCGCCCCAACUGGAAUGACAUGUACCUCUGCCACCCACACGUCCGUUGUGUUCUCGAUCCCAGCCGUCUACCAAUCCCAGUCCAUCAGCAUCACAGUUGGAGGUCAAUCAGUUUCAGGUAUCUUUGUCGUCACUCCAAUCGUCAAUGAUGUUGCCGCCAUCCACGCAGAUGGAGGUGAUGUCGUGAUCAGUGGAUCAUACCUCAACUCUCAAAUGGCCAACGGUACCGCCACAACAAUGGCCAUCACCCUCGGUCCAAUGAACUGUGCACUCAAGUAUGCCGCCCAAGAUGGAUCAUCACUCACAUGCACACUUGGCUCCAGGUCGAUCUUUGAGGGUGCCAUCUCCGUUUCCAUUGAUAACAAGGUUGCCUCAACCGUGUCCACCUACUCCUCACUCCCACCAACCGUGAGCUACGCAUCCUCAGUCCCACCCACCGGUGGCCAGGUCACCAUCCAAGGAACACACAUUGUUUCUCCAUUCACAGUCACCGUCGCCGGUCUCCCAUGUGCCAAUGGUGUGCUCACCGGAACCACAACCAUCGUCUGUUCACUCUCAUCUGGUGUUGUCUCUGCUCAAAUGAUCACUGAGGCUCUUCCAGUUGUCGUCUCCAACGACCAGAUCUCAGCCACUGCCAAAGUCUUCCUCUACAGCCGUUACAACUGUGACUCCCAGUGCGUCAACGGUGCCACCUGCCAAGAUGGAUACUGUGUGUGUCCAACUGGAUUCUCCGGCCCAACUUGUGCCGAGGCUGUUGACAGCAUUGUACAGCCAUCUCUCGACCCAUCAAAGGUCACAUUCCAAGUUGCCUCGCUCGUCAGCUUCACCUCCCAGAUCGCCUACAUUCAAGAGUAUGACAACAAUGCCAACCAAGUGGUGUCGAUCAUCACCAUCAUUGGUGCCUCAUGGUCUGAGUCUGCUCCAUCGACCUAUAACGCCACAGUCCAAGGCGUGUCAAUCCAGGUCAAGACGGACUUCUUCAACUCAGCCUCUGAUGUUGAGUACGCCGGCGAGACCAUCCCAGUGCCCGCUGGUGGAGUCAAGCACACUGUUGCCAUCUCUGGUUGGGAGUUCACUUCCCAAGCAAAUGUGUUGAGAGUGAUCUAUGAGUCUCAGACACCAUCAACAUUCAACUACAACUGCUCCACUGCCUCAACAUCACUGGUACCAUUUGACAAUGUCAACAUGCCAGUGUCAUUCACAUUGGACUCGCCAGUUGGAUUCAUUCACUCGUUAUGCAAUUGUCGCACCAUCAUUCACCAAUACUCUAGUCUUUGA